AUGGCAAGCAGCAGACGACGAUCCUCGACCAGCACAGGCUCACCAUCAGCAUUAUGGGACGCAGUGACUGAGGGUGACCUCAACCGUGUGCGCACCCUUGCAGAGGCUCCUGGUGGCCGUGUCGACGUGGUGGACGCGUACGGAUGGACGCUGGUUCAUGCGGCAGCGCACGGCGGUCAUCUAAGGGUAGUGCAGGCGCUGGUGGAAGAAUACGGUCUGUCAGGAGAGGCAUCGGCCAAGAACGGAUGGACGCCGCUGCACUGGGCGGCGGCGGCCGGGCACGGGCAAGUGGUGGAGUACCUCAUCGGGAUCGGGUGUGGCGUGGAUGUCCGCAACAAGUUUGGCUGCACGCCGCUUCACUAUGCGGCAUCACGCGGGCAUGUCCGGGUUGUCGAAGCCCUGGUUGUUGGACACGGUGCCAACGUAGAGGCCCGAUCGCGUGAUGGCAAGCUUCCGGUCGAUUUUGCGCAGAACAUCCACGUCAAGCGCCUGUUACAGAUGCACUCCAAGGCCAUGCAAGAGCUUGUAGUCCGGAUCCUCAAGCUGGAAGACGCGUCGCGAAGCGUGUUGUACGAGCUGCUCGCCGAGCUGGAGGCCGAAGAGGAGCGCCGGUACUGGGAGGCCCAUCCGGAGAGGAUUGCACGGACGUCGCCGGGCGAGGCGAGUGAGCGGGUCCUACUCUUCCCGCCGCCGGCUGCCCACGGCAACAACAGCGGCUCGUUGUCAGACGAGAGCGACGACGAGGGGGAAUCGAGAACUAGUAGCUGGGCCGCCGGCGCCGAUCUUGCUGCACUGCCGAUGCAAAUGAUGCACGGUGUGGGCGAGCUGGUCCGCCACGAAGCGGCGCCGUCGCUUACCGUCGCCGGACUGGCCGGCGCGGCAGCGGCAGCGCUGGGCUUUGUAGUUUACCGGGCAGUGUGGCGGCGAUAAUGCAGUUGCGGAGCAACCGGUCGCGGAGCGAGGGCAGAGUGGCAAGCCGGCCUGAUGGCGUUCAUUGGUUCUUCUUGUUGGUGAAGAGAUAGUGCGAGACGAACCACUCCUGGCCAUUGUUGUAGGCAAAGAGCUCGGCGCAGGCAAGGUAGAAGACGCGCCAGUAGUUGAAGAACUUGGUGGCUUCGUCGCCGUAGCACUGGGCAAAGAUCUCGCGAACCUCCGCAGCGUUGUUGUCCAUGUUGCGGAGCCAGUCCUCGCAGGUGUGGGCAUAGUGGCGGCCGUCGACGCGCCAGUGCUGGGUGAUGGCCAUGGCAUCCUGGAAGUACAGCAACAG